AUGGUGAUGAUGAUGAACUCCCCAGUGUUACUUGUAAUUCUGAUUUCAUCCUUGACUCAAUCUUUUGGCAAGGAAUAUAUUGUGGGAGACACAUUUUGGUCCAUUCCUACAACCAAUGAUUUCUACACCAACUGGUCAUCUUCCCAAUUUUUCGAGAUUGGAGAUACCUUUUAUUUUGAUUUUGAUUCGGGGCUCCAUAACGUGAUGCAAGUAUCAUCAAGACAGUACCAGAGUUGCACAGCGGACAAUCCUUUCGAGGCAUUUGAGGAUGGUCCAGCGAAGAUUGUUCUAAUGGAAGAAGGCGUGUUUUAUUUCAUAUGCAGCAUCUCAAAUCAUUGUGGGUUAGGACAGAAGUUCAGUGCGGUAGUCCACCGUGGCAAAAUUUCCGGCCCAAUUCCAUCUCCUCCGGGACCUUCUCCAGCAUCUCAACAUCCUCUUUCUUCAUCUUCUUCUGAAAAUAAUUUCCCAUAUUCGUCUCAGCAGUCACCUACUGGUGGUGAGAUUGACUGGUCUACUAACUCAUCCGCGGUUGGUGGUUCCAAUUCCAAAACCAACAGUGGGGCCGCGCCGCUUUAUUGUUAA